AUUUUACAAAACGGUCAUCAUUGAAAGAAUUGGUGGUAUUUGGAUGUAAUCAAAUGCAGAUACUUGCUUCAGAACUUCUGAGUUAUCAGAGAAAAUGCAGAGAGAACCAACUCGAAAACCAGAAUCAAUGCCCUCUAUUCUUGAUCAUCUAGAAAAACUAAUAGUGCAGAGGAAUGAGAGCAUGAAAGAGAUAUUGCAUGGUGAUGAUGUAAAGGAUGGCAUUGUUUUCACCAAUCUUGAGUCUUUGCAACUUAAAGUUCUUCCAAGACUAGAAAGCUUCUGCUCAGGAAAUUACAACUUUGAAUUUCCAUCUUUGGAAGAUGUAACUGUAAUGAAGUGUCCAAAUAUGCAAACUUUCUCUGAGAGAGAAAGUGGUGAUGAUGACGCUGAAGAAGACUGGUCUUAUGCUUUGCAUAAGUUGUUCGACUAGGAUGAUGUUUCAGAAGGUAAGUGGAUUCUCUGAUGCCAUCAACUUUACUUGUUUGAUGUAUUAGCUUUCCCUUCAAAAAGAUACAUCUUUUAUACAAGCUACUAUAUAUAUGUAUAUAUAUUGAUGACGCUUUCUUCUUUGUGGGUUGUAUGGUGCACUUCUAAUUAAGCAGGAUUUCAAUG